CUUCUCGUCUUUACACUCCAUCCACUCCCCCAUCCACUUUAUCAAUCAUGUCCGCUGCCAAGGUUUACGUCGGCAAUCUUUCGUGGAACACUACCGAUGAGGUGCUCCACCAGACCUUUGGUGCCUACGGCCAGGUCAUCGACUGCAUCGUCAUGAAGGACCGUGAGACUGGUCGCUCGCGCGGCUUCGGCUUCGUCACCUACGGCUCGCAGGGCGAGGCCGACGCCGCCAUCCAGGCCAUGAACGAGCAGGAGCUCGACGGCCGUCGCGUCCGCGUCAACAUGGCCAACUCGAAGCCCCAGGGCGGCGGCUACGGCGGUGGUUACGGCUCGGGCUACGGCGGUGCCCAGGGCGGCUACGGCGGUGGCUACGGUGGCCAGGGCGGCUACGGUGGUGGCUACGGCGGUGGCCAGGGUGGCUACGGUGGCGGCUACGGCGGUCAGGGUGGGUACGGCGGCCAGGGUGGUUACGGUGGUGGAUACGGUGGUGCCCAGGGCGGCUACGGUGGUGCCCAGGGCGGCUUUGGCGGUGCCCAGGGUGGCUACGGCGGCCAGCAGGGCGGCUUCGGUGGUCAGGGUGGCUACGGCGGCGGCUACGGUGGUGCCCAGGGUGGUUACGGUGGCGAGCAGGGCGGCCAGCAGGGCGGCCAGGGCGGCUACGGCCAGUACUAAGCUGUUUGAUUCAAUCUGCGACCGACUUUCCAACCGUGUAUCACCUUGCUCCUACCCGCUUCGAUCCCGCCGCUCGCUCGUAUGAAGAAGAACAAAGAAUUCAAAGCCUCGUAAAUGUUUAAAGCCUCAAGUUCGUUCUCGUCUGUUUCGCUCUUCGACCGCAUCAAUCUCUAUCCCUACACCACCCCCCCAUCCCUACACCACCCUCACCCACAACCCACUACCGCACAAUUCUACACAUUGCCUCGGCCCCCGCAUCAAUCGACGUCCGUCUACGACUGCUACAAGAUGAUUUCCACCACCACCUUUUUUUGCGCGAUUGGGAAUAUUUCCAAAAGGUCUUUCAAUCAAAGGCUCGGCUCGUCCUCACGUCUCUACUGUACUAGAUGGCUGCUUUUCCUUUAUUGUUUCUCCUACAACCUGGGCGUUGGAGUGUUACUCUCCGACAUCUACUUCCCGGUCUAGGCAUGUCUCCCGACUCUUCUCUGUUCCCUCUUUACUUUCUCUGCGAUCGAAUGCAUCAGAUGAUGUGUGCAA